GUAAAUAAGGUAUUUCCCCAAGCAACACAGCGACAGCCCAAUCAAGCGUGUCCCCUGAAUUGCAUGAUUUGUGCUUAUGAAUCAGAAGCCAAAUAUGAAAUAUAGUAAAACUUGGAAGAAUGAAUUGUCAAAUGCAUUAUGAAAAAUGUGCAUAAGCAAAGUAUUGUAGUGUUCUUUAACUUUACAUUGCGCUAUGUCUUGUUUUCAAAGUUUCUUGACCUUUGUCCUCGAUUAUAUAACCACAAUGCUACUGUACAGAUGUGAUGUUUCACCCAACCGGUGUUUAGUCCUGUACAGUAUCAAAAUGAUAACCACAGCACACUACAGUAACUACAACACUGUAAACAAAUGUUUUGAUAAUCAUUCACAUGGACAUGGUAUUGGCCUUUGACAGACUAGGUGAAACAGGGAAGUCUAUUAGCUUAGCACAGCCUUGCCAACUGGACAGACUGAAUGGCUUCCGCCCAUUGGCGAACCUGAUUAGUAAUGUUCUCACUUUUCCUCAACCGCCCCCCUCUUCCGUUCCUCUCACAAUGCCUGGAAGUAUCCUAGACUUAAGCUACAUCUAAUUCUCUGUUUUCUUAAAUGUUGUUUUUCUUUUUUCAUUUUUUUACAAGACACAAUUGAUCCGGCCUCCAUCAAAACAAAUAAAAGCACAAGGACACACACGCACACAACACCCCUCGUAAAACACUUUGCUUCCGACUCGCAUUUAAACACAGGGUUUAUACCCAAACAUGGCCAUAUUGGUUGAUUUGCCAUUGUAUGCAGCUUGUACACAUACGGUAUAUUUCAAUUCCUACAACAUUCUUCUGAGAUAUUCACUGACAGAACAUUUGUAUGAAUAGUUUUUCACCUCUUUGAUUUGGGUUGGCUUCAACAGUCCUUGAAGUAAGUGGGAUUUGUUGUUUCAUGAUAAUAGCUUUUUACGCCCUACUUCAAUUUGCGGUGAGUAUUAUCUGUAUCGACAUGAUAGAUUCAGAGCUUUGAUAUGGUGGGAAACCUCAGGUUUGCAGCUUGCAUCAUCCCUGUGAAAUAUGUGCUGUUUCUGCAAGGGCGCGGCCUCUCUCUCUACACACUUAUCUACUUCUGGCCUUGACUGACCGGCAGACGCCUUGAAGCUCGCUCAAGGUCCUCCUGUUCGGUCAGAAUUCUUUGAUCUGAAGUCCAUGGUGUGCUGAAGAAGCCCCUCUGUUAGGCCUGUGUAUUGUAAUGUGAUGCAACUCUUUGUGAACCUAGGAUGUGCUUAAGAUUAGCUAACUUUUCCGCUUGUUUUUUAAUUUUUUUAUUGGUGACCUUUGAUAGCUACCCUCCCCCCCAAAAAUAAUCUUCUUAUUGACGGAUGUCCUGCGCGGGCGUUUUCCUCCUCAUCUCGGUGCGCCUUGCAGGAUGUAUUCAGAGAUGGUGUGUGUGUGUGUGUGUGGCGGUGUGUAGCGGUAUGUGUGUGUAGCGCUUUGUUUCUGUAGUGCUUUGUGUGUGUGUGUGUGUGUGUGUAGCAUUAUGUGUGUGUGUUCGGCAGUUCCUGCACAUCUGUCCUCUACAUUUCUAUCAAUCUUGGGGGUUGUUGUUUUGCAAGCCAGGGAGAGGGUAUCUCCCAUCUCCCCCACCACCCUCCUCACCCCACUCUCCCGUUUCCUUCCUCCCCUCUGGCAGCAGGCCAGAAACUUCCGGAAGCCUUUAUGGAGCCCUCACAACUCCAUGUUCACCUGGAUCUGUCACCUCAGAAAUAUACUCAACAUUUAGAUAACAUUUGAUGUUAUUUAGAGCGUCUGUAAAAUAGCUCUGAUUUUGCCGCUUGCUAACCCUAAGUUGCAGUAAGUUGAGGAAGGAUACUAUAUGUGUCUGGUGUGACAGACAAUGUAACAUGUUCCAAUUGUCCAGCCUGAUGUAUGUGGAAGUGCAAGGUUAAGUCAUUCAAGUCACUGGCUUCUGCUCGUUCUAUACCGUGUUUGAAGAGUUAGCCCUUAUCUAAUAUCUGAAGAGCCUCUCUCCCAUGGGGCAGGCUUUGAGGUUGGAACGAGGUUUGUUUAUCUAACAUGUAGGUGUUCUUCAAACUUCCUCCCCGACAGUUUCCUCAGAGGGAGGAAGGCAUUGCUAGUCCAUGGUGGAGGAUGGUCUUCUCUAACCCUGAGGGUAAACUCCUGGAUAGCCUCACUCUCACCAUCCCUCUUCCCUUAGGAUCCUCAUAUACAUUUUUUUCCCUACUCGGCGCAAAAACACACGCCACUUUCCUGCCAUCACUUUGUAGAGGCGUUAGAAAACUAAUAGUCCACUAAAAAUACCCCGCCCGCCCGCCGAGUUGGAGCACUGGGUUUGGGCUUGAGCCUUUUCCUGCUGUAGGCAGCACAGCUUCCAGGGUAGGCGUGGGCUGUUGAGGAAAGAGGACAUGAGCGGCCCUGGUCGGAAUCAGGCUUCCUGCGCAACAUUAUAAAGACUCCCCUCCCUCUGGCUACCCUGGACAGUCUUGCUCAGACAACUGUGGUGGAGGGAGUAGGUUAUUGCCCAGCCUAGCCUGAAGACAGUUAGUUACAGAUUGAGGAACCUGAGAGUUGAACUGAGGGUUGUGAGGACAGCAUCGUGCGCAUUGGUUCUCGUCCCUGCUGGUCGGGGUACGAGUAGGGAGCUGGUCUCACCUAACAGAGGCGUCCAGGAGACUGCCCUCCAUGUUUUCUCUAGCUGGUGUCUUCUGCAACAGGAUGAGCAAGAUCCAGGUGGUGGAGGGAUAUAGGGUUGGAGGGAGGCAUGAGGCGACGGGGUCUGAAGCGGCUGCUGCGCAGGGAUAUGUAAAGGAGUUUACUCGCCACUCCAACGACGUCCUGCUGAAUCUGAACGAGCUGAGGCACCAGAACAUUCUGACCGAUGCCACCCUGGUGGUGGGCCCUGCCCGACUGCAGGCACACUGUGCUGUGCUCAUUGCAUGCAGUGGGUUCUUCUACUCCCUGUACUCCCGUCGUGUGUCCUCUCCUGGAUGGAGUGGUGCUGGAGGCCAGGCCCUGACCCUGUCACUCCCUGACUCCCUGGACCCCUCCAGCGUCUCCCUGCUCCUGGACUUCAUGUACACCUCCCAGCUGCCCCUCACGCCACGCACAGUCCCCGGAGUGCUCUCCGUCGCCACCUACCUGCAGAUGGACCACGUGGCUGACGCCUGCAGAGCUUUCAUGUUACACAGUGAGAGGAUGAGAGGGACGCCCCCUCAAAUGAAGCUGGACUCCACGGUGUCUGUAAUGUCUGCAGCACUCUCAGGGGGAGCUCCUCUUAAUCCCCCUGUCAAUGGAAGACCCCGCCCAUCUGUCCUCGUUGUCUCCACCCCCUCCCAGUCCGCAGCGGAGGCUGAGGGUCGUAUGUGUCAUGACUCGGCCAGCAGGGUCCCUGGAAACGUCCGGGCCUGUCUGCAGCCAGGGACUUUCCUGACCCGCGAGCCCAGGUCAAAGGAACUAAAGCAGGAGCCUGAAUCACCCAUCCUGGCCUCCACCCCUUCUCCAGACAGCCCGUCUCGCUCCAGCUGUCAGCCCAACUCUCCUGCGGAGUCCAACACCUGUAAUCUAGGUGAACCCAAGCGCAACCCUGACCCCAAAGCCUGCAAUUGGAAGAAAUACAAGUACAUUGUCCUCAACCCCCUCUGUGCCGAAAACACGGUGAAGGAGGAGGAGCCUGAGGAGGGCCGGCAGCAGCUUGACCACAUCCCCACCUCUGAUAGGAUGGAAGUGACAUUGAAGCCACCUAUGGAGGCGUGGCCAAGGGAAGGAUCCGGACAAAAUGAAAGCCCUCCCCUGGUUCCCCACCCAGGGCUGCCAGCCCACCCUGUGGAACCCCCCAUGGAGCCCCCCACCCACAAGGAAGGAACAGUCUCGCCUUGCUGUCUGGCACCACGCCCAUUGGAGCCAGAGGCCGCCCACCACUGCCAACACCCAAUUAAGCGUGAGAAUUACGGCUUGCCAUUCUGUUACUCCGGCAACCUGAGCGUGAUAAAGACUGCCUGCACAGCCCCCAUUGCAGGAGACAAGCCUUACCGCUGCAACGUGUGCGGUGCCCAGUUCAACCGGCCCGCCAACCUGAAGACGCACUCCCGCAUCCACUCCGGAGAGAAGCCCUACCGCUGUGAUACCUGCGGGGCCCGAUUCGUUCAGGUGGCCCACUUGCGAGCCCAUGUUCUGAUUCACACGGGGGAGAAGCCUUAUCCCUGUCACACCUGCGGCACUCGCUUCCGUCACCUGCAGACCCUGAAGAGUCACCUGCGCAUUCACACUGGAGAGAAGCCUUACACUUGUGAGAAGUGUGACCUGCACUUCCGCCACAAGAGCCAGCUGCGUCUCCACCUGAGGCAGAAGCAUGGCGCCGUCACCAACACCAAGAUCCGCUACAAGGUCCUGACCGACCCCUACCAGCCCAUCCUGCAGGCCUGUUGAUGGACCUCCCUUUGACUAAUGACCUUUAACCCCUAACCAUAACCCCACAGAUACCAAGAAUAACCCCAACAUUUAUGUCAAUCAAAUCAUGAUUGUUUAUCAGUUUCCACCCUGGUUUCUCCUGUAUUGUUAUUGUCCAUGGCUGUGUCCCAAAUGGCAGCCUGGGCCUGGUUGCAUAAAACACCUUAAGUUCAUUUUCCCCUUAUCUGUUCACUUACAGUUUUCUUAACUUUAAAUCAGUUGAACAAAACAUUUUAAAAAGUGAAUUUCUCCCUUAAAUUAAGUGAAAAAGUUAAUGGUGCCCAUGAGGUCCGUUAACUGCUUCAUUCAGUUUGGAUAUCAAUGUAAACAGAUUUUGUGGAUGUGAAUGUUGAUUUCAUCUGCUCUGGUUACAAAAGGAAAAAGUCAACCAGCUAGCUACUUAGCUAAACAAUGGAAGGUGCACAAUCCAUGGCUACAAAAGGUAGCUGGCUAGUUAGCUAUAGCUACUCUGUUAACUAGCUUGACAUACUAGGAAGUAAUAUAAACAAGUUGAGAAAAAAGUAACAAGAAACUAGGUUUAUUAUCUUCUGAAGCAAUUAAGUUCCAUUUUGAUAUCUCACAAAAUGAAAGUGACCGCUUUGACGAGAGGUUAAGUCAGUGAAUAAGACCAUGCCCAUGGUAACCAGAUACUCUGUCUGCCAUACAUGCCUUUAAACUACCGUAAAAAGGAAAUAUUUGAGGGGCUCUAUGCAACGCCUUUAAACAAUUCCCUUAGGCAAGGGACAAUUAUUUCUUAAUGUAAAGCCUUAAGUGAAACACUUAAUGUUUUAUGCAAACGAACCCUGUACAUUAUAUAGUGCACUACUUUUGACAAGGGCUCAUGGAGCCUACAGGAAUAGGAUGCCAUUCAAAACUGCAUGGCCCCAUCAAACAAACCUGCCUGAUUGAGAGCUCAGCCUUGCCCCUCAAAAACAUGAGCUCAAGUAUGUUUCACUCAAGUAUGUUUCACUCACUGGCUAGAGGGGCCAUUAUAAACACAUAUACAUGACUAGUUGUAAGCCAAUCAAACCAUGAUGUUGUAAAGGAUUUGUGGAAAGGCGGCCGGCGCCAGAGAUUGGAGCUGAUAUGUAGAUAGGAUGACAAUGCCUCUCCUCUGAGGUAUUGAGCUGGAGGCUGUCUCAGGCCGCUUUAAGCGUUAGGUGGAUAACAUGUCAAGAGAGCUGUCGAAAGUUACUGGGAGUAGUAUAUGAUAUGUUUUUGUAUCCCAGGAGGUGCUUUGAAAAGUUGAGAGUUUUGAGGUUAUGAGUAGAGAGUGAGUGAGACACAGACAGAGCUAGAAGAGAAGGGAGAAAAUGAGGAUGAAGGACUAAGGAGUGUGGCUAGAACAGAAAAUACAUUUGACAUGGUUGGUUGGAAUCAUGAGAUGAGGAAUUGACUUUAUUAGAGUGACGGAGAGAAUGUUAUAGUAAGUUGUAGAGUUGAAUAGAGCAAGUGAAAGAAAGUUCUGCGCCAAUGCUUUGUUUAUUUUCAAGUGCCACAGCUAUUUUUAGGGACCGGGACACAUUGGGGACCCGUUGAGUAUUUGAGAUGGCAAUGCCACAAAGAUGUCAUUGCAUAACGAUACAGAGAUAGGUAAUAAUGCCCUAAGAACAAAGGUAAUAAUGCCCCAAGCACUAACGUGUGAAUAGACUAGACCCCGACUAUGUCAGCUUUAAAUAAUGUUUAUUUUUUACACACUAAAACCAAAGGCCUGGGGCCUUUGUCUAAUGUAUAUGACAGGUGUCAUAUAAGAUAAGAUGUUUUGCCCAUUACAUCCGUUCUGUAUUUUUCUAAAGGUUUUUAUUUAAAAUAGCAGACUAUAACUUGUCAUCGGUGCAGAGUCCGAGCAGGCAAAGGACUUCCGUCUCUUGUGUAUGAAGGAAUAUCUUCUCUCAGAGCAUAAAAGCUAGAUAAUGCGACUGUAAAAAUGGAUGAGAGAUGAUAUUGAUAUUUGAAAAUGUAUGGUGUUCUUUUGCUGGACAAAGACAAGGACUGUUUUAUACUAAUUAAAUUAAAUUGAUUGACCUUAA